AUGACCGCCCCUAUAGGUGGCAUAUGGGCGCCCGCCGCGCUGCGGGUGGUCCGUACGGCCGCCUACAAGGCGAGCAAGCUAAUCCGGGCCAAGCUCGCCGCCGCGGCCCGGCCAACCACCACCAACAACGCCGUCCUCGAGCCCGUCCUCGCGCGCAGCGCCGGCCCUCGCCACCCCGUCCACCCCGCCGCCUUCCUGCGCCAGUCCAAGAGCCGCCGCUGGCACUCGACGUACCAGAACAUCAACAGCGCCGUCCGCCGCUUCAUCAGCACCGGCACGAGUACCGCUUCCCGGAUCGACCGGGCUAAGUUCGCGGGCACCACCCAGACGGGCCGCGCCAUCGCCCAGUUCACGGGCCGCGCGCCGUUCGCGAGCACGCUGCGCCCGAACCUGACGGGCGGCGCCCUGCCGCGUACCGCAGGCGGGUACGGGCUAGGCUCCGGGCGCGUGGGGGGAGCCCGAUACUUCUCGCACGCGCCGGCGGCGCAGGCCCAGGUCGUGCAGAACGUGUCGGCCGCCGUGCGCGCGUUCUGGAUCUCCGGGCAGAAGGCGCAGUUCGACGGGCUGACGGCCCGGGGCGAGAGGAAGUACCGGUCCGUGUCUGCGUUGCAGGACGAGACGGCCCGCAAGAUGGCCGCGCUGCCGCGUAACGUGCCAGGCUCGUACGUCGACUUCCGACUCAAUCCGACCGUGACUGCUCUGAGCCCCCUCGCCGCUGCGUUCCCGUACCAGCCCGCUGGCUUCAAGGCCCCCGCUCUCGACGCCACGACCCUUAACACCGACGGCUUCCUCGAUGUCCUAUCUGGUGACUUCGCUCGCGCCCUGAAGGACUUGACUACGACUCUGGCGGAUAUGAAGAAGCUUUCUUCGUUAGGUGAUCUUCCAGUCCAUCUUGAGAAAGGACAUACCCUCCGAAUCCGCUUCCCAGGUGUCGACCGGGAGACCGUCGAGACGCUCUGUGACGACCUCGGAGUUAAGAGGGGUAUCGUCAUGGAAGACCCAGACUUCGAGGCUGAGACUGGGGUGUCCAUGGCACUGAAGUUCCCCUUCGCUCCCGAUGCUAGCCACGACACGAGGACCCUCACCUCGCCUGGCGGCUCGCUCAAGUCACAGGACAGCUUCCUCCAAGCGGAAGAGGAGCUCUUCGAAGAGGGCUUCAGCGACUUAGAAGAUAACCCGUGGCUGUCAAUGCCGGAUGAUCCGGAAGGUUACGAGAGCAUGUCGGCGCCAGUCAGCUCAGGCGAGCACUGCUCAGAGGACUUUGAAGGCCUUGAGGGCAUCUAUAAAUUCUUAGAAGAGUGCGAUCGCUCUCGUGGAAGGUUUUGA